GGCUCAUCCAGCACAAACAAACUUCCUCGUUACCCCCGAUCCAUCACAUGGCCACCCGGGUAAACAGACAGCAAGAGAAGGAAGAAAGGGUCUCCCCAAAUGGCUCCCAAAGACUGUGUUUGUUUGCUACUUCUCAUAAUGAUAUCCCAAGGACGAAGUGAUCCCAAGGAAACAGACCUGUGUUCGCGAUGUAUAUGUACAAAACCCAUGCAAAGAGACUGUUACCAUGCAGACUGUUCAAACCGUAAUUUGACGACAAUUCCGCUGUCACCAUACCACGAUAUUUGUCAUCUGAAUCUUCAUGGAAACUUCAUAACUAUCCUUGGGAACUCUGACUUAAGCAACUACUCCUUGCUGACCUCCCUGGAUCUCUCCUCUAAUGAUCUAUCUGAAAUUCACAAUGACUCUUUUAGUGGUGUUGGGGAACUGGCCCUCCUUGAUCUGUCCACUAACAGACUAAAGUAUAUUCUCAUGUCUACACAAAUAUUUUCGUCCUUGGAAAAACUCAAAUAUUUGAGCUUGAGCAACAAUAUAUAUGCCGAGAUACCCACGUCGUUGCUCUGUCCACUGAUGUCUCUCGAGAGUCUCACUAUGGAUGGUGUUUUUCGAAGUCCUGUUGGUAGUGGGUGUGAAGUGAUGUACAAUCUUACAUACCUCUCACUAUCUGGAUUAAAUGGGCGUUGUAAAAUUGAUUAUUUGUCCAAGGACUUCCUACAAAACGUCCCGAUGCUACACUAUCUGAAUGUUUCUUAUUGCAAUAUCUUUAAAGUAGAGCCUGGAGCUCUUGCCUUCUUGCGGAACCUUGACACUCUUGAUAUAUCAGGUAACACCUUCUUAAAAUUAAACGGAGUCGCGAAUGCUACAAGGGGAUUAAAUAAUUCGAGACUAAGACAACUGUUUAUCAACAAGAUGGUGGGAGAACAUACUAUAUGUGUUUGGGUACCAAAGUCGAUUGGUUUAAAUCUUCAAAAUACGUCCCUGGAAAUGCUAGAGGCCAACGACAACCGGAUCGAAUUGAUUCACGAAGAUGUGUUCAGGUUGUUGCCGAAUACACUGAAGACAGUCAGCGUCAGGAACAACCGUCUCACCUACGGUUCAUACAUCUGGUACCUACAGAACCUGACAGGACUGGAGACUCUGGAUUUAAGCACAACGAGGGGACUCCACACGUUACCAUUUGCGGAACCGGAAAACCAAACCAGAUAUACCUUACCGAGUCACGAUCAAACUGAAAAAUGUUUCACAACACCAAGAGCAGAGAAAUAUUUGGAGGAUUCUCCACACGAAAAAAUACCGGAAAAUGCGCAUACGAUCACACCCUAUGGCAUUCCUCCAAAUCUAAAAACACUAAAAUACACAGAUUGUAAGUUAGCAUAUGAUUUGUCAAAGUUGCAUUUUGCUGAUAAUAGCCUUAGACGUGUUGAUCUGUCUUAUAAUAUAUUUGCUAAUUGGUUCGGUCCUAUAUAUGGCUUGGAAAAUGUCACACAUCUUGACCUCUCAGGAAAUCUUGCCACGAAAGUUAACCCAUAUUUUUUUGCAACCUUUCCAUCAUUAACGCACCUAAAUGUAUCCCACAAUGCACUCACAAUGUCUAAAAAUGGGGAAUAUUUUCGGAAUCAAAGUAAAGUAGAAGUUUUAGAUUUGUCUAGCAACAAAAUAUUGUUCUUGCAUCGGGAUUUCCUUACUGGAUUGAAAUCACUGACAACAUUGAAUCUUUCUUUUAACUACAUGGACAGUUUAUUUGUAGAUUUGGACCAUAACUUAAAUCUUACAAGUAUAAAUUGUUCACACAACGACAUCAAAUAUAUAUCGCCACGGUUGAGAUCCCAGAUGGACAGGAUAGCCGCGUUGCACAACUUUACCAUAGACCUGUCUAAAAACGACCUCCGCUGUACAUGUCAAAAUAUAGAAUUUCUUGAAUGGUUGCUAAACUCCAACAUUCAUGCAGCAAACAGAGACCUGUAUCAUUGCGUUGACAUUAAUGGGGAAGUAAUACAUUUUAAAGAUCAUGAUGUACUAAAGAAUCUGAGAGAUUCUUGCUCUGAUUUCAUAGCUCUAUCUAUGGGACUACUUGCAACAUUCGUCCUCAUCUGUUCCCUGAUAGCAGCAACUAUCUGCUAUCGAUAUCGUUGGAAAAUUAUCUACAUUUUUUAUGUGUUCAAACUGAAACUAAGAAAAAACAAAACUGAAUAUGAACGCAUUUACGAUUUUGACGUUUACGUCUCUUACGCCGACCAUGACCUUCAUUUUGUCCGCGAGGACAUGAUUCAGAAGCUGGAACACCAGAAGGGGAAGAGACUUUACAUCCGGGAUCGAGACUCUCUUCCAGGAGCUCCUAUUGCUGAGAACAUCAUCGACGGGAUCAGAAGCAGCAAGAAAACUGUGCUGUUGUUGUCCCAGGCGUUCCUGAAGAAGAAGUGGUGUAGGUACGAGUUACACAUGGCCAACAUGGAGACUGUGUCCACUGGCCGAUCUGUCAUGGUCAUCAUCAUGUUGGAGGACAUUCCGUACCGGGACAUUCCACCCGUGAUACUUUACGAUGUACAGAACAGCCGUUUUGUAGACUACCCAAAAGACCCCAGCGACCAGGAACUGUUCUGGGCAAAUGUGUCCACGGCUCUUGAUAGUUAGACUGUCAUAUAGGUGACCUUACACAUGCACACUGUUUUGCAGUACAAUCCGUGAAGAUCCGUGUUAGAAGUGAUCUUCAGUAACCCAUGCUUGUUGUAAGAGGCGAGUAACGGGAUCGGGUCGUCAGACUCGCUGAUUUGGUAGCCAUAUGUCAUCGUAUCCCAAGUGCCUAGAUCGAUGCUGAUGCUGUUGAUCAUUGGAUUGGUCCAGACUCGAUUAUUUCCAGACCGCCGCCAUAUAGCUGGAAUAUUGCUGAGUGCGGCAUAAAACUAAACUCGGUCACUCACUCAUUUUUGCAGUACAUACGUGGAAUUCGAACAUCAACUGUCAUAGGUAUAUAAUAUUUAAUAGUUUUAGAGUAAUGUGACAUUUAAAGUCAAUGACUAAUAAUACCAACAGUCGGUAGAGUUUUACAUUAGGUGCCUUUUCUAAGUCUACAUGUAUGGUCAUUACGCAUUUUCAGAUUCAUUCAUCGAAAUUAGAUUCGGACUUAAAAACAAACACUAAUGUCACCUGGGAGUUGACUUGUGUGUGUGAGUCUUUAUCGUGGUUUUCCUUUAAGUAUCCUCAGAGUUGUACUCACAGACCAAUA